UAGAUGUUUGUUAAAGCUUCCUAUGGCGGGUCAAAGAAUCGGGAAACCAGCAACCGAAAGCUAUUUGGCAAAAGAGCAAACUCAGCGGCCAAAGAUUUGAUGGCCAGGACACAAUAUUCCGUUCGUUGGUAAUCUACAUUUUUAUCCAGAAGAGCAUGCAAGGGUUGCAAAUCGCCGGACGAUAGAUCAUGUAGAAGGUCCUCCUCAUUAACAACAAAGGCUCAUCAUGAUAUGCACUCUGGAUAUAUGUGAAAUGUUCUUGUUAUUUUUAGCAGCAGCAUAUUCAGUUCGUGGCCAGUAUCUCGAGGACAGUAUCCUUCCUAACUGCUUCGUACUUGAAAACGGAACUUUAUCACGUUAAGGGUACGGUAGCCUAUCACUGAUCGUGUACAUGUACAUGUACAUGUACAUUAAAAUGGAACGGAUUGUCUCUUGCUUCGCGUGAAUUAUCAACAACCCGUAGGAGUACAUCUGGUACCUGAGUACAUGAAGCAGUUUAAGUCGCUGUCAGUGCCAUGGUCUGCUGAGACGCAGGGAAAGAACUUUCGAGGCAACGAUGUGGCAGAGCAAGGAACUCAGAGUGGUUGGAAUCUAGUAAUGAGUUCUCGGGCCAAUAUAGGCGCUGAGCCCGCAGCAGUUUCAAUCGACGUGGUAUCGGGUGUAAUUCGACAGCCAUAGCCCCGGGUUCCUUUCAAUCUUUAACACGACUCCGGCUCCAACUGAGCAGAUAUAUUUGUCCGUUCACCAAAGUAAACACAGGGGCAUCAAAUAUGAGCUAUCAGACAUCUCCCACUGCAAAAUUGUUGGACUGUGACAUUGGUCGAAGUGAUAGGUGUCUUGCAGUGUACAAGGUUUCAGAACGAGGCAAACUCGACCAUAUCAACAUCGAACAGCACUGGCCCCAAAAUGUAAAAACUCUGCAGCCCGAUAAAACAUAAAGCAGGUACAACGCACAUAUACGCAAACGGCUUGGCGACGGUACCGAUGUCUUAGACUUUUCUUACUGGUUUGAUCGUUGAAAAUGAGAGCCUCGAUAUCAAUAUCAGCGCUAGUUCAAGGCGCGCGCGGAUGUUCGCGAUCCACGUGAUCUGCACCUCAUCCCGAGUCGCGGGAAGCGUCAAUCAGCUAAACUCCUUUAGGAUAAAUGAUAACAAUCGCCCCAAAAAUGGCUGAAGAUAGACUUUUUGCUGGCGUGGGAUAUUUAGGCAAACUUGAUACCGCUGUGGAUAGUACUAUAUACCUGUUGCAGAUAUAACGGAACUCCCGUCGCCACAGGAAUAACGCGGACGCUUACUUCGUCCUCCAUGAUAUGAGCUGCUAGGUCUCAAAGCAAGCCCAAAAGAGGCUAUGUCCCGCAAUAAGCGCCCUCUACCAUCCUCUAUCCGUGAUGUCUUAACGACUCCCUCGACCACCACUCUUGGACCUUUUGAUCCUUGGAAUUCUGUAUCGACCGGACAUCAACGAGCUGAAAGCUCUAAUAGCAGGACUUCCGGAUGGCAGCAGGUAUUGUCAGAGAAACUUGGAAAGCAAUUUGGUGAUAAAACAGGUCGCGGCGGUUGUGGAAAUAGGGAAGGCGAUUGGGAAUGGGUAUCUUCAGAGCAGUAUGAGGAUGUCAGACGGAGAGAAGAACGGAUUGGAGACAUUAGGAGUUUUAUGGGUGGCGUUAAGAAAAGGCGGCUAGAUUUAGGAGGGAGGACCGAAGCGAAGCAAAUCGAUGUGAAUGACGAGAUUCAUUGCGGGAUUAUCAAAGGAAAUGGGGCAUUUGUUCUUGAUGAUUCGGAAAGCGAAGGGGAUAAGGAUCACCCCGCGGUCUGUCAAGACCAAGUUCGCAAUACAUCUUAUACUAGUGAUAACCCAAAGAGGGGAGAUGAGCCUGCCGAAACUCGCACGCCAGCAACAAGGGAAUCGGAAACAGGCAUUUCCAGUUCGGCUCCCAAGCCCACUCAAUCCAAUAUCCAUACGACUUCACGGCCAGCAUCUUCCAAACCUACAGCCAAGGGAAUAUUUUCAAAUUUGACCAUUUAUGUCAACGGCUCCACGUAUCCUCUCAUCUCGGAUCAUAAACUCAAACAGCUCCUCGUUUCAAACGGUGCGAACGUCACUUUUGCCCUCGCUCGACGGACUGCCACUCAUGUUAUUCUCGGCAGACCAAAUAAUAAUCGAAACGGCAAUGGUGCUGGCGGGGGACUUGCGGCGACGAAACUGCAGCGUGAAAUACAACGAGUCGGUGGAAAGGGGGUGAAGUUUGUUGGCGUUGAAUGGGUUCUGGAAAGCAUCAAAGUCGGAUGCCGACUCCCGGAGGCUCGAUUUGCAACUUUGCACAUGGCGCCGGAUAAACAAAGAAGCGUCAUGAGUAUGUUUCAACGAGAAUCAUAGCAAUAGGAAGGGGUUUUAGAGGGUUUAUUUUUUUCAUUUUCCCAUGCCCGUUACGUGUGAUUCAUUGUAUUAUGUCUCUCCUAUCUUAAUGUUACGUGCUUCAACGAAACCCGGUGAUUCCAGACACGUACAUUAUGUUUAUGAGUACUGGAAUUUGCUUUGGUUACUCUUGUAUGGAAAUAGAUAGUUAUGAUAGACGUCUAGAAUAUACUCAUUCGCAUGGCAUCUAUUCAGGGAAUGGAUGAAAACCGCGGUAGUUCUAACUUUGUAGCCGAAUGACCUGCAAUAUAAUAAACCAAAUAAGUAUCCAACCCUC